GCGGCCCCAAGCCCGAGCAGCCGCCCGGGGACGGGGAGGCUGCGCUGCACCGCGAGGAGACCAGCACCUUGGUGGAGAACUGCAGCAGCUCCAACGGAGUCAACCAGGAGAAGCUGGGUGAUAUGAAAGAUGACAUGAGUGACGUACAAGUAAAUGGGAAUGCUGGCCAUUAUCCUAUGGAUGAAGAGGAAGUUGAAGAAGACUCUAGUGCACAGCUUAACAUGCGUGGAGUUUUUCUGCAUGUUUUUGGAGAUGCCUUAGGUUCAGUCAUUGUGGUAGUAAAUGCCUUACUCUUUUAUGGCUUGUGGAAUCCGUGCCCUGAAGAUGGGCCUUGCUUUAAUCCAUGCGUCAAUAAUCAUUGCAUGGAAAAUGCUACUUUAUCCCAAGCACUUGGCAGAGCUAACAAAUCUGAGCAAGAGAGCAUUACGGUGGCUGGUCCUUGCUGGUUGUUAUAUUUAGAUCCUGUCCUCUGUUUGAUUAUGGUCUGUAUACUCCUUUACACAACUUACCCGUUACUUAGGGAGUCAGCCCUCAUCCUUCUACAGACUGUUCCCAAACAAAUCGAUGUCCAUUCUUUGAACUCAAAGUUACGUACCCUCGAAGGAGUCGAAGCAAUCCACGAGUUACACAUUUGGCAGCUAGCAGGCAGUAGGAUCAUUGGCACUGCUCACAUCAAGUGUCCUGACCCUUCCACAUACAUGAUGGUGGCCAAGCGCAUCAAAGAGAUCUUUCAUGAUGAAGGGAUUCAUGCAACUACCAUUCAGCCUGAGUUUGCCAGCGUUGGCUCUGAGUCAGGGAGAGGGAAAUGUGAGUUGCCUUGCAGGACUCAAUGUGCUUUGAAGCAGUGUUGCGGAACAGGAGAAGACAGUACUGCAAAGAAGACAGAAAAAUCCUCGUCACUUAGUAUUUCUUGUUCAGAAGUUGUCAUUGAAUUUCCGAAAACGAGGAGGACUAAGUCGGAGAGCAUCCCUUCAGUGAAGCUGGAGGCGAACACCGAUCAAAAUGAGCAGUUUGAGUCAUCUUUGUAACUCCCUGAAGGGUGCUACCUGAGUUGUGGAGACUUUGUCAACAGCUGUGUUGCAAGAGGAAGAGACAGACGUUUGAGAUGCAAUUUUGCCAAACAGUGUAAUUGCUGAAGUCCUUGUUCUUGUCAUAUUGCUAAAUAUAGAAUGCUUGUUUUAAAGAAUAUAAUGUCACUGUCAUGAUAAAAUGUGUUUGUGUUGACUUUGUUUGACUGAGACAGACAGAAAGUGCACCCAUGCUGUAACACUUCAGAAAACCAGUUUCAGCAUGUCAGCAGAGACACUUUUUGCUGUGCUUUAGAUUAAGAUACUUUUUUUCCAGUGAAAAGGUAUUUGAGGGAUAAGCAAGUAGGAACUCAAUUUGUGUUACAGAUUUCUUGGACCUACUUUUUCCUUUAAUAUUUGAUUUGUAGAUACCUUAAUAUAUUGUUUAUUUAGAAGCCCUAAGAAAACCAAAGUUCAUAGAACAUUUUAAAAAAUAUAACUACUAAAAACUGGAAACCACUUUGCAGUUUCACAUAUUUUUCUUAAAGCUAUGUAAUAAUAAUAAAAAAUGUGAAGGCUUUUCUAGUGAAUUUAUUGCACAGCAUAUUUUAAAGACAACAUCAUGUGAUUGCCAGAAAUUGUCCCCUCUUCUUCUGGUAGGGUAGCAAGGUAAGUAAGGUAGCAAGGUAAUUGAAAACAACAGAUGUGAAAGGGUUUAUUUUCUGUCAGAAUGGCAGUUCAGGCUACUCUGUACUGCUCUGUGAUCAAGACAUGAGACUGGUCGAUAAGGUAACACAGACUUUUACAUUUUAUGGAUUUUCUGCUGUUUUCCCUUACUUCCAAGUUCUGUCUGGUGAUGAAAGUCUUUGAGGUUUAAAGAACCCUUGACUCAACAGUGCUAUGAACAAAUACUUAGCUGAUGCUGAGUUUACUAAGAUAAAAUAAUUUGUUCUGUCAGUAAGCACUCUGUUGGGGAAGGUCUGCCAAGCACCGACAGUGUAACUCCUGCUUUCAAGCACAGACAGCAGCUCCCCAACAGGUAAUGUAAAGGUGCAUUUUCCUUCUAGCUGAGUGUGUCUGUAAACACUUGCAGUGAUUUCAGUCCUGGUCCCCCACUGUGUCCUCAGAAGCCCUCCACUGACUUUUGAGGAAGUGGUGCAGGGAGUAAGAUUUCAUUCACUGUAUUUCACUCUUUGAGAUGUUUAUGUAUCACAUAAUUUCACUUACUCAGUAUCUGAAUCGAUGGUUUAAAAUCUUGACUCAGUUAAUUGACAACUGGCUCUAAAGAAGCUGUUACAGUGUGCUGCCAAUUUACACUUUAGGAAAGGAGAAACUGCUCUGUGGACUCUGAAUUUGGCAGAGAUGAGAUGAGAGUUGAAAGAUAAAACACCAGAAAUCUAAUCUAAAACCCUGGCCCUUUUGAUCCACUCUCACGUUAUGAACGGGAACUAAUGUCUUGUGAUUAACGGAUUGCUCUAGUGUGCAAAACUGGAAAACAACUCAGAUCUUCCAUUCUUUGCUCUAUGACUCUGGACAUGAUAAACACUUUGCCUCAGUUUCCCUGGCUUCAAAUGGGGAUAAUACCUACCUCACAGGGGUGUUGUGAGGCUUAAAUAUUGUGUGAAGAGCUCUGAGAUAUGUCACUGGAAGGCACUGGAAAGAGGAUGAGCUACUAGAUUACCUGGCAUUUACUACUUCUACAAAUGUAUUGCAAUACCUAGGCACAACCAGAGGGAACUGAGGAUAGUUUUGGCCUUAUGAAAUUCUUUGAUGCUGUGGUUUUCAGGUUUUUAACAGUAUUUAAAUAUAGAUUUUUUUAAAAAGAAUGUUUUGUUAGUGAAGGGAAUGUAGCUUUGCCUCCAGAUACAGAACACUUCCCUAGUUUGCAUUUCUAAUUUGUGUCUUGCAUCAUAAUUACUCCUAAAUAGUACAAAAAACAGUCCUGCUGCUCAUCAGACUCGGAUUGGCCCAAGUCACGUCAGUGGUUCUUACCCAAGCUCUCAGCAAAGCAUUGCAGUCAACUCUCGAUUAUCCAUGGGUGGAUCACCAGUGGUGUGCAUUAACUGUGCAGUCUGUGGAGCCAAGACCAGCCCCCUGUCUCAUGCCAUGCUCUGGCCAAGUGCUGUGUGCCAAAGCACGGGCAAGGUGGAGGUGCUGGCUCCGCUUCCAGGGAGCCCCAUCACAGGCUGCGUAGUCGGGGCAGCACAGCACUGCCCAGGGGUUUUGCCUCUUGGCUGCUCAGACGCGUUCGCGGGAAGCUGUGGGCUGUGGAUGGGUGGGAUCGGCUUUGUGCUGGCUUGGGAUGUUGGUGUUUUGCAGCAACCAGCAUUACUCACCUUUUUCUGUGUAUAUGCUUGUUGUAUAGUCUCAUAAACUAACUUAAAUGUGUUAAUAUAGUAUUUAUAUAUGCUUUUGUUUUUCUGAAUUAUCUUAACUCUUUUUUCUGUUACCUGUAUAUGAUCUAGAGUUGACUGUUAAAUGAGAUCUUGUAUGAGACUGCGUUUGCCGAGUAUGCUACCACAGCUAUUAUACUACAGAGUAUUAACCAAGUAAAUUUUGAAAUGAAUGAAGUACUAUUUUUUUUUUUAAAUGUAUAUCCUUGCUUUCUAUGGUAAACUUUGACUAAUUAUUUUCAUCACUAGUUUAAAAUUCAUCUUAAUUGUUAGUAUGAAUUGUUGAGGUUCUGCCAUAUAUCACUAACGUACCAUAGAACUACUGUUCUUUAGUUUACUUUAAAAAAUACCAACAAAUCAAACCAUGGUAGCACUGAGAGGUCUCAUUGACUUCUCUCCUGUUGCUCUUAUAAAAAGAGGACAACUAGUAAGUCAUAACACUUACCAUCAUUGGUUAAUAGUCUCAGUAAAUGCAUCUGAGUAGAGGGAGUUGUAGUCACUAAUUCCAUUUUGAACUAUUUAAUUUUUUUUUAUUUUUUUUUUUGUGCCAGAAGUCAUAUUUUUCUAUUUCUGUGUCCAUUGCAGGCAAUGGCUAGCUAAAAAGACAAAAAGCUCUCCCCCUCAUUAUUUUAAGUAUCAGGACAGGAUGCAGAGGUGACAGUGAUGAUGGUGAUGAUGAUGAUGGGGGCAGAAGGGGGAGUUGCAUGGCCUCUCUGUCAUGUGCCCUGUUGCACGUGCAGCACCAGCUGGUGUUUCCAGGGCCCUUUAGUCUCCUUAGCCCUUGAUGGUAAACUCCCUGAAAGCAUAGAGUGAGGUCAAGGGGGUGGCUGUGCAGCAGCAGGAACACAAUUUCUCCAUUCUGGCUGUAGGAGACCUGACUGUAGCCUGCUAGCUUGUGAAAUAGCUCAAUUUUUUUUUUUUUUUUUUAAGUUGACCUGUCUGGAGUUACACAGACUUGAUUUGUUCUGAAGAUCACAGUUUAAGAAUACUGAGAGCAUUCAAAAGCACUGCACAGUCUCUCUUUAUUUUACUUUAUUUUUUUUUCCACAAAGCAUGAAACUAGUGAAUCUCAUGUAAGUGAACACUGCAGUGGUAGGGAGCUAAUUGUGUUGUGUAUCACAUUCCUGAAUUUUUAAAAUAAAAACAAUUAUGGAACACU